AUGGAAAGGGUCAAAUGUUUACUCUCAGAUGUUAUACUCAGUGAAAAGUAUUGGGCUGAAGCUGCUAGCUAUGUUGUUUACACCUUAAAUAGGUGCCCACAUACAUCCCUAAACUUUAUAACCUCUGAAGAAAAAUGGACAAAACAUCCUCCUAACUUAGAUAACCUAAGAGUAUUUGGAUGUGUUGGAUAUAUACAUCAAAAUCAGGGAAAACUAAAGUCUAGGGCUGUGAAAUGUAUGUUUGUUGGGUUCACUGAAGGUGUAAAGGGCUUUAAAAUGUGGAACUCUGCUGAGAAAAGGUUUGUAGUCAGUAGGGAUGUUACCUUUAGAGAAAGGGAAAUGUUCAUGCAAAAAGAGAAGACUACAAUUGAGAUACCUAAAAGCUCUACAACUAGGAUUAAGGUGGAGGCCCCAAAAGACAAAUCUAUAGAUCAUGGCUCUCCUAAUGACUCAGAAGAAUAA